AUGGCCGCCAACAAGCAGGGCAAGAUGCAGGGCCUGAUCAACUACCGCCUGCGCGUUACUAUGAUGGACGGUCGUCAAAUGGCUGGCCAGAUGCUCGCCUUUGACAAGCACAUGAAUCUCGUCCUCGCAGACACUGAGGAGUUCCGCAGAGUGAAGCGCAAGCCCGCAAAGUCGGCCGCUCCUGGCCAAGCAGAGCCUCAAUUCGUCGAGACGGAGGAGAAGCGCACUCUUGGUCUUACCAUUGUCCGUGGCGCCCACAUUGUCGCAUCUACCGUCGAAGGUCCUCCUCCCGCAGAUCCCUCGGCAAGAUUGGCCAAGGACGGUCCUUCUGGCCCCGGUGCUGCAACUAUGACCGCAGGCCCUGGUAUCUCUCGCCCGGCAGGCAGAGGUAUGCCUCCCACCGGUCUUACUGGUCCUGCUGCAGGUGUCGGUGGUCCCGCUCCUGGAUUUGGCUUCCCUGGUGCACCUGGCGGUUUCCCUGGCGGUCCUCCACCAGGCUUUGGUGGCAGAGGUGGUCCCCCUGGCGGUUUCCAGGGGCCUCCUCCCGGUUUCCCUGGCGCUCCUGGCGGUGCUCCUCCUGGCUUCGGUGCUCCUCCCGGUUUCCAGCCUCCUCCAGGACAAGGACGAGGUUACCCCCCACCAGGCUUCGGCGGUCGCUGA